CAAGGCUAUUUGGUAUUUUUAGUGCUUAAGCAACGGUCACGUUGAAAUAUUUGUACACAAUAAAAACCGGCUCGUUUUUUCGCUGAAAAAGAUUGUUUCCAAAAUGAUCACCGACGUGCAAUUGGCUAUCUUCUCCAAUGUCUUGGGAGUAUUUCUAUUCCUGCUGGUAGUGGCCUAUCAUUAUAUUAAUGCCAACACCGGAAAGCCCAGCGGCAAGGCAAAAUGAUCUUCGAUGUUUCCGCUAACAGACUAAUAUAGUUGUACCAGGAUAAUGAUAAUGCUGCUUCAUUCGCAAAAUAAAUAGUUUUAAAAAUCUAA